ACUCAGAACAGAGUUUACUCCAAUGGCGGUGAAUCUGUGGAACGGCAAUGAUGUUCUUGACCGGGAGAUGUAUGACAGAUUCGCCGAUCUCUAUGCCAUAAUCAAGGCCACGGAGAGGCUCGAGAAGGCUUAUCUUCGCGACAUCAUCUCACCAGCGGCGUAUGAGUCCGAGUGCUCGAAACUGAUUUCUCAUUUCAAGACUAUGGUUCCCUUCCUCGAUGAUACUGUCCCCAGCGUCGAGCAAUUCAUGGGCACUUACAAGCUGAAAUGCCCUGCAGCGCUUAACCGCCUCGUUACCUCUGGUGUUCCUGCCACUGUUGAGCACCGGACAGCGGCGGCUGCAUCGGCUAACAUAUCUGCGGCAACUGUUGCUGAGUGUACGGCGCAUUUCGUCACGGUACUGGACGCCUUGAGGUUGAACAUGGUUGCUGCUGAUGAGCUGUACCCUCUUCUUUUUGACCUCUCGAACUCUCUCAGCAAGCUCAGCAUAUUGCCCGAUCUUGAGGGUAAGGUGAAAGAGUGGAUGGAAAUGCUAUCGAAAAUGGGUGCUGCAGACAAGCUGACCGAACAGCAGGCUAGGCAGCUACAGUUCGACCUGGAGUCAUCUUAUAACUCUUUCAUGGCUGCCUUGCAGCAUCUGAAAUUGUGAAUGAUUCAGGUAAGCUUGUAGAUAAAUGAAGAGGUUCAUUUUACUGUGGUUGUAAUGUUUGUAUGAUAAUUACCCUGGCAUUUGUUUGGAAGAAGCUUUUAUGUAUGGCUGGUCAGGAUACAUUGAUCUUGAUACAAGUUGUGUAAUAUGAGAGGGUGACUAAUUAGUGAUUUUGAAGGCUGAUCAAUGAUCAUUUGUUGCAAAUUAUCACAAAAGUUUGAAAUCUGUUGUUGAAUGCUUGUAUCUGA